CUGCUGUUAUAUUUGUGCUCAGUGGAAGAGUUUAGAAGCUCCUCAUAAGAAGUAACGUGUGUCUUGUUAUUAGCAGCUGAUCCAGAGUUUGUAUUAACAAGGUCAUGUAAUACAAUGGAUGGAGAUUGAUUCAUUGAUUGAGUGGGGCAUAUGGUUCCGGGACAUUCAGUAGACUUGUGGCACAUUACACUGGUUUGGAUCCUGCUUCGUGGCUCCUGGUUCGUGGUGAGUGUCCCGUCACCUUACGAGCAAAUCAGGCAAGAUAGGCGGAGCACUAAACCUUUCAGGCAGCGAAGGGUUAGCGUGGAGCGGCAUCUUAGCAACAUUUCUACUUGUACCUCUUGUGUUUCUGAUAAUGUCAUUGCCACUGCAUUGCCUGGGCGCUGCAGGGCUUCAAGGGGUGUGCAGGGUCGUGGAAUGGGGGCACGAGUCGACCUUCACAGCACGUGUCGACAGUGAGGAAAAAAAAUUACAGUCGUUCGUUAUUAAUUCCUGGCGACAAAUAAUACAUAUGUUCAUGUCGAGUGUUUUCACGCCUACCAAUUACUGGAGUGUGACCUCGGCCUCCCACGUUUUCUCCCGUCAAGUGUGGAGAUUGACUGACGCAACGCCAAAAUUACAUGGUAUUAUCAUUAGAAAACGUAUAAAUUGUCUGGUAUUAAACUUUAAAAUAACUGGAAAGGUUUGCCCUCUCUUCCUGCCUCCGUUCAUCCGGCACCUUGGCCUCCAGCAGCCCUGUGUGGAGAGGCGAAGGCAGAGAAAUGGCCCACAUUGAUAAGUCCCUCCAGUACUUCGCGUCAGCCAGGCCAGUGGUAGAGUCGAGGCCAGAGAUCGAUUAUCAACUUGCCUACUGUCUAUGUGCUUUUUGUUUUCUUUCAUUCCUAGAGUCGAGUUUCUGACAAUACAAAACCUGCCAAUUGAUAGAUUCUUAGCAUAUCAGAGAACUUAAGAUUGAAGGAAACGCAAAACAUAGCAGAAAUGAGUGCAGAAGUUUAUUCCACUACUUCCGGCGACUGUAUCUCGCUCCCCUAAACCUGCCGCUGCAUGUCCCCAUAUUCUCUUUCUUUGUCUCUUACUCUUUCAGCCCCUUGCACGUCUUCACAGCCCAGCACACAGAUCCACUCCAAGGAAGACUCACUAUAGAGAAGAGUUAAACCUGAGCAUCACGUCAAUCAAUCUGCGUGACGUUCGAGUGUUCGCCUCACGUCCUCACAUUUGCAAGAUUGUUCAUGGCUACUUUACCUUGAAAGUCACCCUGGAACACACGCACUCACUCACGCAUCAGAAACACGGAAUCUUGGAGAAACUGAAGAAUACGCUUCUUGGACGUGGUGUUGGACGAGGAGCGGCCGGAACCGGAAUCCAUCACCACACAGAGCAGCCUGCGCCGCCGCCUGCUGUGGGCCCGCAACAACGCCCCCGCACUCGUCUUCACUGCCCUCUUCGUCGGGGUGAACGCCGCUGUCUUCCUGGCGAGAGCUUACCAGUACCGCCACACCAACAUCCUUGAAAUGGGCGCCCGAGCUUGUGGUCAGUGCCUCAACCUGGACUGCGCGUUGCUACUUCUCCUGAUCCUACGCAGGACAGUGACGCGCCUCAGAAGUUCCUGCGUGGGCCACAUGCUGCCCUGCGACCAGCAUGUCCACUUCCACAAGAUGGCGGGCUGGACCGUCUUCCUGCUCUCCAUCCUCCACACUCUGUUCCACAUCGCCAACUUUGUGACGCUGGGAGACGUGACGGGCAUCAGCCUCAACGAUUACAUGUGGGACACGGGGCUGGGCAUAGGCUGGGUGGCGGGCCUGGCCAACCCCACCGGCGCCGUGCUCAUGAUCCUCCUCACCAUCAUCGUCGCCUUCAGUCACCGCCUCGUCCGGAAAUCUGGCUACUUUGAGAUCUUCUAUUGGACGCACCUGCUGUCGCUUCCCUUUUGGGUGCUGCUGGUGCUGCACGGACCCAACUUCUGGAAGUGGCUCCUGCUGCCGGGCGUCGCCUUCCUGCUGGAGACCGGGCUAAGGGUGUCCCAGGUGUGCACUUCUCGCGGCCAGACCCACAUCCUUGGCGGCACCACGCUGCCCUCUCGGGUGGUCAAGCUGCUCAUCAGGCGACCCAAGAACUUCGACUUCCAGCCCGGGGAGUACGUGUACCUGAACGUACCCUCCUUGGCGCGGUACGAGUGGCACCCCUUCACCAUCUCCUCAGCCCCGGAGUUUGAAGAUUACUUCACGGUGCACGUCCGCUCCGUGGGGGAAUGGACCAGGCGGAUCUACGACAUGUUCAAAGAGGAGGAGAAGACGAAGGAGAAGGAGGAGAAGCCAGCCGUGCAGGAAGAGAAGGACAGCCCCGGCAUGUUCAACCUGGCAUAUUCUUCUGACGAGGACUUGAGGGAGGGCGCCACGCACACCGUCAUCCAGGUGGAGGAGCAGGACACAGGGUCGCAGAAGGGUGGCCGCUACAUCAAUAAUUUGUUGGAGUUCAACCGUAAGAUGAGCAUAUACUCCAGGCCCGCCGCCCUCCUCAACGUGGAGAUGCAGCGCAAGCCUUCAGUCUCGCCCGCUGCAAUGGAGUCGCGGUGCUCCGGCAGCUUCUUGACCCUGGAACGCAAAAAGUCUUGCAGUUUGUCGAACUUGGCGGCGCUCAAAGCAGACCUGGAAAGCUCAAGACGCGGUGACUCGGGCCAGUCCUCCCUCACGGGCAGCACCUCCAGUCUGGACUCUGUCGGCGAGAAUCUCUGCUCCACGCUGGCACGGACCCGCCAGCAUUGCUUCCCCAACCAGAACGCCGCCCAGAACCCGGACACGAUGGCUCACCAGCUGCAACUCCACUCCGCCAUCAAAAAGAAGAUUGAGGUGCACGUGGAUGGGCCCUAUGGCACGCCUUCCACCAGGAUCUUCACGGUCACGCACGCUGUCCUCAUCGGGGCGGGCAUCGGGGUCACGCCCUUCGCCUCCAUCCUGCAAAGUGUUAUGAUGAGGUAUCGUGCGGCCAAGGCUCCCUGCCCCUACUGCCAAGUGCCCAGCUGCCUCGCUCUGCCCACGACGCUAAGGAAACUCAGAAAGGUGGACUUCGUGUGGGUGAACCGCGACCUGGGCAGCUUCGAGUGGUUCCUGGAGAUGCUGGCGGCGCUGGAGGAGGAGCAGCGCGUGGUAGGGGCCGCCAUGGAGACCUUCCUGAACCUGCACCUGUACAAGACUGGCGUCAACCCCCUCAGCCCCUCCCUGCCCCUGGCCUCCUCCAUCAGAAGCGGCAGGCCAGACUGGGAUAAGGUGUUCAGCGGCAUCCGGGAGUCUCGCGUGGGUAAGGUAUGCGUGUUCUACUGUGGCCCGCCCUCCCUGGUGAGCGUGCUGCGCGACAAAUGCAUCAAAUAUAAGUUUGAAUUCAAGCGAGAAAUGUUCUGAGGAUAUUUCGUGAAUGGACCCAAGAUCUUAACUUAUUAUUAUAUUAUUAUUAUUAUUAUUAUUAUUAUUAUUAUUAUUAUUAUUAUUAUCAUGACUAGACCAAGUAGGUACAGAAUUAUUGGGACAGGGUUGGUAUGGCUACGUACUCCCUUUAUCCCUUGUGUAUGUGUGUGUGUGUGUGUGUGUGUGUGUGUGUGUGUGUGUGUGUGUGUGUGUGCGUGUGUGUGUGUGCACCUAGGCUCAAUGAGGGCUUCAAUGUCUAUUUAUUGAACACAAUCCAUGCUUUUUUUCUUUUUUCUUUUUUUUUAUUUCAUCCAGCACACUCACACAUACACGUUAUACAUGAUGAAGUGAAGUGUAUUUGUGUAUAUAUAUUAUAGUUUUUAAUGUAUUUGUAUUGCAUAGCAUACACCACCAUGUAUGUAUGUAUUACGAUAUUAAUGUUAAUGAUAUCCCAGUGCUUUCAUAUCUGUUUAAUUUCCUGGAGAGUCAUGACGCAGAUGAUCACAAGUAUUCCAUUAUAUUUUUGUGCCCUAAGCUGUGAUUCCUUGCUGUGUGACGGUGACUUGCUCAGCUCACAUCAUGGUUUGUCUCAUGCAUAUUUCACUAUACAUUUAUUUGUGUCGCCACAUAUAUUGUAACGUUAGUAUUGCCGCGCUCUGGUGUGACGAGUGCGGCCCACUCACGUGACAGGACCGCGCGAAGUAUUGAAGGCGAAUUGUCACUCUGUAUUGCAUUAUUCUAAGUCACGGUGAUGUUAGGAACUGAAUUAUUGUCAUCUGAAAUAUCUCUGUUAUUAUGUCAGCAGAUUUAUUUAGUAUUUCACUUUUUUUUUUAUUUAUUUAUUUAUCUAUUUUAUUCUUUUUUUUUAUCAUUAGGAAUUCAUCUUUUUUCUCUUCUUCUUCUUUCUCUAAAGGAAGCCGCUCUUUACUUCCUCGUAUGUAUUAGUUUGGAAAAGCGUAAUGCUGUGUUUGUAUGUAUUUAUUUAUGCUACGUGUUUCUUCUCCACACACACACUGUAGUACUGAACGGCAGCAGGUGUCGUGUCCCUGAGUAAGCAUCCUCUCAUUUGUACAUUGGACAUUCAUACACAUUUCCAGUUACCUGAAGGAGCAAUGUAAAAAUAUUCGCGAGGCACUCAACCGCAACACACCAGGAGGAAACACUUCGGUUCCUCUUCGGGGAAAAAAAAUUACAUUCAUUCGUCUAUCUACCUGAAACCAGUGCAUGAAAUCAUGUGUAGACUACAACCGUGACAGCACCUGUAGCCUGCUGCUGUCCUCCCGUCGCUGCCUCCUCCUGAGUCCCGGGCGGGCGGCGCAGGCAAGGUCCCGCCUCAGGAGACGCGCCAUUGUUCCUAUUGCACUGAGUUGGCGUCCCCGCUACCUCUUGUACCUCGCUGGCACACGCGACUAGCGGCCCCGCCAUCCUCCCUGACCACACCUCCGCUAGAUUAUCAUUUGAAGAGGUUUUAUAUAGAUUUGUGUUCUGAUUGAUAACUGUGUGUGUGUGUGUGUGUGUGUGUGUGUGUGUGUGCCGUACACGAACAUGGUCAGUGAUGUCACAUUCUAGAAGUGCCCGAAUUUCAACACAUUGCUGCUUUUACACAACUUAUUUAUCUACAUAUACAUGUUGUGUACAUGAUUCUUUUUUUUUUUUCUAUGCCGACACAGGAGUUUUGUUGCUAAUUUUAUUGCCUUACUUUCCUGCAAGUGUAGAGAGAGAGAGCUCUAGAAUAAAGAAAUAUUCUUUA